CGAUCUCGUCGAUUGGUGCUGGGGCUACACGAAGUGCGUAGAGGCCUCCUCAACAAGAAGAUUCGUUUACUGGUUAUCGCGACUGACCUCGAGGGAUGCGAGGCGGUAGCGCAAGAAAUCGCAGAAAUAGUAGCGAUCGCGGCGGAGCAGGAAGUUCCUAUGCUUUCUCCAAUGAACAGACGGAAAUUGGGGCGGACUCUGCAGAAGAAGGUGCGUGUGAGCUGUGUUGGGGUGUAUUCCGUCGAUGGAGCGAACGAUCUUUUCCAGAAGAUACUGCGAAGUAUGACAACCAACUAG